UCUGCUGCAGCUGCUGCAGCAGACGCUGAUGCUGCAGCUCUCUCGGCAGCUGCUCCUGCGCGUUGGUGCACAGAGAAAACUCCUCUCGCGCGUGUUGCUGCUGUCGCUGCUGCUGCUGUCGCUGCUGCUGCUGUCGCUCCUGCUGCUCUUGCUGCUCCUGCUGCUGUCGCUGCUGCUGCUUCGGCACAAGGGAUGGCGAGGCGCUGGACUCUAGUUCGUUAUGGGGAAGAAGCAACGGUAGCGUCUCUGCAGCAUCCGCAGACUGCGUUUCCCCGUCCUCAUCCUGUUUCUGCUGCUGCUGCCGCUGCUGCUGCCGCUGCUGCUGCUGCCGCUGCUGCUGCGGCGUUUCGCUCAGACGCUGCUGCUGCUGCUGCUGCUGCUGCUGCUGCUGCUGCUGCCGCUGCUGCUGCUCCAAAUGAGGCCACCAGGGGGUCCUCUCGCCUUCAGUCUCUCGCGAGACAGUGGAGGGAAGCUGCUGCCUGCCGCCGAGCCUCUGCUCUUGUGCCGUGGGGAGCAGAGACGGCUGCCACCCCGGAGGCGCCUCGAGAGGCAGAGGCGCCUUCCCUCGCAGCGCCUGCUCCAGCGUUUCCUACGGCUCCCCACAUACCGAAGGGCGCCUCUGGCGAGUCACGAAUUGCAGCGUAUAGGCAGUGGGAUUCUCCGGCAGCUCCCGCUGCUGCCACAUCACAAGAAGCAGCAGCAUCACAAGAAGCAGCAUCAUCACAAGAAGCAGCAGCAUCACAAGAAGCAGCAGCAUCACAAGAAGCAGCAUCAUCACAAGAAGCAGCAUCAUCACAAGAAGCAGCAGCACAAGCAGCAGCAGCAGCAUGAGCAGCACAAGCAGCAGCAGCAGCAUGAGCAGCACGAGCAGCGGCUCUCUUUGUCCUCUGCUGCGAAGCCACUGUUUCUGCCGCCUCCAUACUCAAACCGCUCCGAGUCGUUGCUGCCGCUGCUGCCCCCGCUGUCGAUCCCCCUAUUGCGAGAAGGCCUGCUGCUGCUGCUGCUGCUGCUGCUGCUGCUGUGACUCCUACUACUGCCGCUGCUGCUGCUGCUGCUGUUUCCAUCGGGGUGUCGGCUGCUGCGCUGCAGCGAUCGGCGAGAAGCCUUCAACCUGCUGGAGCUAGAGCUCGCGCUGCCGCUCCUGAGGCUGCUGCAGCAGCAGCUGCUGCAGAAAGUAUUGCUUCCACUGCAGCCGCUGCUGCUGCUGCAGCGCCAGCAGCAGCAGCAUGA